AUGGCAUCCCCGUCCAACACAGGUGCCGACAUCGAAGGGGUGGGAAAAUCGACUGAUUGGACAAGCCCCUCGCAGAUAUCUGUGGACACAGAUCCAGAGAUAGCGCUAUCCGAAUCGAGUCGCGGGGGUAGAUGGGGCGAAUAUGAAGAGGGCGACCCGGUCUCUCGUCGUCGCGCCAUGGAGGAAUUUGCUGAAAUGUCGAGGGAGUUAACGAAACUGAGUCUACAAAAGAGCAAGUCUUCAGCAAAGAGAAGGAAAAGUUUUGUCCGCCAAUCUACCGCCCACUCUACAAUGAACCAGGAAAAGGAUAUCGAUAUUGAACGUGACUCGUUGGAUUCAGCGUUAUCCGUGAAGGGCGAUUUCGAACUGAGCGAAUUCUUGAGAGAUGGACGUCUAGAACGGAGAACAACGGCAGGAGGCCCUGGGAAAAAGAUUGGCGUAGUCUUCAAAAAUCUGACCGUCGAGGGGAUUGAUGCUACCUCAUCGUUUGUCAAGACGCUUCCGGAUGCUGUGAAGGGAACCUUCGGGCCUGACCUUUACAAUCUUAUUACUCGCUUCGUUCCGGGACUAAGAUUCGGAAAACCACCCCCGACUCGCAGUCUCAUUCACGAUUUUACGGGAGCUCUCAGAGAUGGGGAAAUGAUGCUGGUCCUCGGAAGACCUGGUGCUGGAUGCACCACCUUUCUAAAAGCCAUCGCCAACAAUCGAUCAUCUUUCGCGGCUGUCCUGGGAGAUGUCAGCUAUGGUGGGAUCUCGGCGGCAGAGCAAGACAAACAUUUUCGAGGGGAGGUCAAUUACAAUCCCGAAGACGACCAACAUUUCCCUGCUUUAACCGUAGAGCAGACCCUCAGGUUCGCUCUGAUGAACAAGACAAAGAAGCGAGACCAAGAUUCGAUCCCAAUAGUCAUCGACGGGCUGUUGAAAAUGUUCGGGAUCAGCCACACCAAAAACACCAUCGUGGGCAACGAGUUUGUCCGUGGCGUUUCUGGUGGAGAGCGCAAGCGUGUUGGCAUCGCAGAGACCCUGACUACCAAAUCAUCGGUUGUUUGUUGGGAUAAUUCUACCCGGGGCCUCGAUGCCAGCACUGCUUUAGAUUAUGUCAAGUCUCUCAGGGUCAUGACGGAUGUCAGCAAUCGAACCACAUUUGUUACACUUUACCAGGCAGGAGAGGGAAUUUACGAGCUGAUGGAUAAAGUUAUGGUUAUCGAAGAAGGCCGCAUGCUAUACCAAGGGCCCGCUAAUAAAGCAAAGGCUUAUUUCGAAGGUCUAGGAUUCUACUGCCCAGAACGAUCAACAACGGCGGACUUUCUUACUUCCUUGUGCGACCCCAUUGUUCGCCAGUUCCAGCCCGGCCGAGAAGCUUCGACUCCUAAGACCUCCCAAGAACUAGAAGCAGCAUUCAGACGCAGUGACAUUUACAAAGAUAUUCUGAAGGAGGUUGAUGACUAUGAGAACCAGAUUCUGGACACUGAUUGUUCUGACACUCGUCAAUUUCAAAAGCACGUUGGCGAAUCAAAAAGCAAAACCGUCUCCAAGCGGUCAAAUUACACGGUCUCAUUCGCACGGCAGGUCAUGGCUUGCACGAAACGAGAAUUUUGGCUCUUUUGGGGCGACAAAGCCUCUCUGUACACCAAGUUCUUCAUUGUCUUUGCUGUUUCUCUCAUUGUCGGUUCUCUCUUUUACGGCCAGUCUCUUGAUACCGGUGGAGCAUUCUCUCGUGGCGGAUCCUUGUUCUUCUCCAUUAUUUUCCUUGGGUGGCUUCAGCUCACCGAGUUGAUGCCGGCCGUCUCUGGUAGAACAAUCAUUGCGAGACACAAGGACUAUGCCUUUUAUCGUCCUUCUGCCGUCGUUAUCGCUCGCGUCCUCGUCGACAUUCCAGUCAUUUUUGCAAUGCUCGUGGUGCUCGCCGUAGUGGAAUAUUUCCUCAUGGGAUUGGACGUCGACGUUUCCAAGUUCUUCAUUUAUUGUUUGUUCGUCUAUGUUACAACGAUAUCUAUCACAGCUAUGUAUCGCAUGUUUGCCGCGUUCUCAGCCACCAUAGACGAUGCUGUCCGAUUUGGAGGAAUAGCUCUUAACUUACUCGUUUUCUACGUUGGAUACGUGAUUCCGAAGCAAGCUUUGCUUGAUGAUUCCCCCUGGUUUGGCUGGCUGCUAUACGUCAACCCCCUAUCGUACGCAUUCGAGGCCGUCCUGGGUAAUGAAUUUUCGAAUCGUGUUAUGGAAUGUUCGCCUGAACAACUUGUGCCGCUCGGCACGAACGUUGACCCAAAAUACCAAGGAUGCUCUCUUCCUGGUUCUCAGUUGGGUAGUAAUACCGUGUCCGGAGCCCGAUACCUAGACUUUUCAUUUCAAUUUUCCCGGAGCCAUUUGUGGCGUAACUUUGGGAUCGUAGUCGCCUUCACAAUCGCGUACAUUGCAAUCACGGCAAUCGCUGCUGAAGUCUUCCCAUUUACAACAGGAGGAGGCGGUGCAUUGAUAUUCAAAAAAUCCAAGAGAACAGAAGCAUUGUCCAAGCUUCAGCAGAAAAGCGAAUCCCAAGAUGAAGAGACAGGAAAGAUCGAGAGGAUUGGAAAUGUUGGCGGGGUUGCCACUCGAAGGUCUUCCGCCACUGCCAACAACGAGAAUGGUAGUUUUACAAAACUUUCGACCAGUGAUAGGGUUUUCACUUGGUCCGACGUUGAAUAUACGGUACCUUAUGGGAAUGGUGAGCGGAAACUCCUUAACAAGGUAACUGGUUAUGUAAAACCGGGAAGUAUGAUUGCUUUGAUGGGCGCGUCUGGCUCAGGAAAGACAACGCUCCUCAACACUCUAGCGCAGCGACAGAGAAUCGGUGUUGUGUCUGGUGAGAUGCUUGUUGAUGGGCGAGCUCUUCCUCCAGAUUUCCAAAGAGGAACCGGUUUCUGUGAACAGAUGGAUAUCCACGACACCACUGCCACCAUUAGAGAGGCGUUGGAAUUUUCAGCGAUCUUGCGACAAGACAGAAUCAUUCCCCGCGAGGAAAAAAUUGCGUAUGUUGAUCAGGUCAUCAGUUUGUUGGAACUUGAUGAUAUCCAGGAUGCCAUCAUCGGUUCACUUGGCGUUGAGCAAAGGAAGCGAUUAACAAUCGGAGUUGAACUGGCAGCCAAACCGAGCUUACUACUGUUUUUAGACGAACCCACUAGCGGACUGGACAGCCAGGCAGCUUUUUCUAUCAUCAGAUUCCUGAAAAAGCUAUCCCAGGCGGGGCAAGCUAUUAUUUGCACCAUUCAUCAACCAUCUUCACUCCUAAUUCAGCAAUUUGAUACCAUCCUUGCCCUAAACCCCGAGGGAAAUACCUUUUAUUUCGGGCCUGUUGGUGAGAACGGCCGUGCCGUGGUUGAUUAUUUCGCGGAGAGAGGCGUCGUUUGUCCUGACAAUAAGAACGUCGCGGAAUUCAUCCUGGAGACUGCCGCGAAGGGCCGUAGGAGCAACGGGAAACGAAUUGAUUGGAAUGAGGAGUGGCGAAACUCGAAAGAGCUUGCCCAACUCAAGACGGAGCUGCAGGAAAUCAACCUCGAGCGAAGCCAACGCCCGCCCUUGGAGACUUCUGGCUCGCAGUAUGAAUAUGCCGCCCCCGUUGCUCUACAGUGUUGGAUGCUCACAAAACGAUUAUUUGUCAACUACUGGAGAGAUUCUUCGUAUAUUUAUGGAAAGCUCUUCAUCAGUGUCAUCCUUGGUAUUUUCAAUGGCUUUACUUACUGGCAAUUGGGAAAUACCAUAUCUAGCAUGCAAAACCGAAUGUUCUCCAUUUUCCUGAUCAUCCUGCUCCCGCCAGUUUUCAUGAAUGGUGUUGUCCCAAAGUUCUUCAUGAACAGAAUGCUCUGGGAGGCGCGAGAGCAACCGAGCCGAAUCUACGGCUGGGUGGCAUUCUGUACAGCGAACGUCGUCUGUGAGAUUCCAGCAGCUGUAGUUACCAGUGUUGUCUAUUGGGUUCUCUGGUACUUUGCGACUGGUCUGCCCACCGACUCAAGCACGUCCGGCUAUGUGUUCUUAAUGUCCAUGCUUUUCUUCUUCUUCCAAGCCAGCUGGGGACAGUGGAUCUGCGCGUUCGCACCCUCGUUCACCGUUAUAGGAAAUGUUCUCCCAUUUUUCUUCGUAAUGGUGAACCUCUUCAACGGCGUCGUGCGCCCUUAUUUCGUCCUUCCAGCUUUCUGGCGCUUCUGGAUCUACUAUGCAAACCCAACCACAUGGUGGCUCCGGGGUGUGCUGUCUGCUACCCUCCCGGACACACAGGUCGUCUGUUCCCCCGCCGAGCUCACCCACUUCAACCCGCCCCCUGGUCAAACCUGCAUUGAGUACGCGGGUAACUUCAUCUCCUCCAUCGCGCGAUCAGGCUACCUUACCAACCCCAACGCGAUAGCUGACUGCAGCUACUGCGCAUACUCAAACGGAGCGGAAUAUAUGCGCACUCUGAACGUGCACGACGGUGAUAAAUGGAAGGGUUUCGGGAUCUUCUUAGCAUUUGUGGUGAUUAACUGGGCGCUGGUAUACUUUAUGAUAUAUACAGUGAGGGUUAAGGGGUGGACGUUUGGCUUUGGGACGGCGGUCGGUCUCGUCGAGAAGGGGAUCUCCUGGGUGGAAGGGUUGACGAGGUCGGUAAAGGCGAAAGAGGAUGGUGUGGGCGAGGGGAAAAUCGAGCAAGCGAGCUGA